UGGGCAGAUGGUUUGGGCCGGGCAAAGAAGGCAGAAAGUGGAGUAGAGCGGGUAAAUUGAGGGUGGGGGCUUUGAAAUUAGGGUUUAGGAGAGAGUGAAAUGGGAAGGAGAAUACUGAACGAAGCACUGAGGAAGAUAGUGAAUGCUGAGAAGAGAGGGUUUGCAAAUACACAUCUUCAGCCUGUAUCUAAUGUCACCUCUUCUUUCCUCAACAUCAUGAAAUACCGAGGGUACAUUAAAGAUUUUCAAGUACAUGAUCCUCAGAGAGUGAAAAACAUUACUGUUGAUCUGCUAGGCAGAGUUAAUGAUUGUAGGGUUCUUACUUAUCGACAAGACAUCAAGGCUCGGGAUAUUGAGAACUAUAGAUUGCGCACCCUUCCAACGCGUCAGUGGGGCUAUGUUGUAAUAUCGACGCCAAAUGGACUUCUAGACCAUGAAGAAGCAAUUCGACAGCAAGUAGGUGGUCAAGUUAUUGGGUUCUUUUAUUGAAAUACGUUUAGAUUAUUAAGUAAUUCUGAUUUGGAUGUCAUGUGAUCUACUACUCAGUUUGUGGCUCUCAGAAGCAAAAAAUGUAUUUGUUAAUUUCGUAUUUUCUACCUCAGUACCUCCUUUUUAUGGGCAUUUAUAUGAGUGUUUCUUAACGAUGGCAAUAAUGUAGUAAUGAGCUACACAUUUAGCCCUAUAGGUACAUUCAUUAAUGAAAUGGAAUAUUGUGAUGCAACUGUGGGAUGAAUAUGAGUAAUAUUUGUUUGGUUUUUUGCUGA